AUGUUUUUGCAGAACUCGGAAACGUAUGAUCUGAAACUCGAUCAAGCAUGCAUCUUCCUCCAACCAGCAAGCACAGGCUAUAUCAAUGGAACAUUCCACAUCUACCUACCAGAAAGCAAGUCGUUCAAGCGGAUUCGACUGCAGCUGCUUAGUGUUCUGAAAUUGUACGCCGCGAAAUCGAAAUUCUCAAAUGCGUUCGGUGUUAACAUUCGCCUCGAUAGUCCUCGAGACGGCUUUCUCAUUCAAAACGAUCGCGAACGCAUAACGGUCAUCUCUGAACAGGACAUCGGCUCAUCCAAGUGUCUCCCCUCUUUCCAGCUCCCAGCAGGGAACUACGAAUUCCCAUUUAGCAUCCCUCUGCCUGGGAGAAUGCUAGAGACUGUUACUUGUCAGCGUCAGAAGUACCACACCUAUCACGUCGUGGCCAAAUUCGAGCGUCGCUUUAGAGGCAAUUUCACCAUUUCGCGGCCUAUCCGCAUUUACGAUCAUCCCAACUUAUGGGUCGAUCACCAGCUAAUAUCCACUCCAGUGACGGUUGAAAGACAGACAGGGCAGGACAUACAGUACUGCAUCAUUUUGCCGGAUUCAAAAAUCCCCUUCGCCAGCAAAUUUCCCGUGAAGUGUUAUUUCUCUCCCCUUUCGAAGAACUUGAAAAUCGGUUCGGUGUCCGUCUCUGUCUUGGAGAGACACCGUCUCCAAUCGGACGCGACAGCAGCUGAGUCUGCGAUGCACAAUACUUUCAAAAUACACACGUCAAGCACAUCUACGAUUUUUCAAUCCGAGCAUAAUUGUACCCAUCAAACACUGGAGACAUUAGCCACAGAGGAUGAUAUACCUUCCGCAGAGUGGUGCCUGAGCCUUCCAGUCCAAUUGCCAGACAGUUUUGACCUUGCUUCGCAAUCCAUUUCGACGAGAGAUAUUCAAAUAUCCCAUGAACUUAUGGUACAGGCGAAGUUUCAUAAUACUGAAACAAGUACACCAAUAAUGGUCGAGGAGAAAAUUCCUUUCUCCAUCUAUAUGACACCUGCCGUUAUCGAUGAGGACGGAACUAUUCAUGGCAAAGAUAUUGAAAGCUUCAAAGCGUAUGAGUGCCCACCGCCGGCCUACGGAAAACACAAGUAUGAUGCUAUUCUCCUGGACUGGGCCGAAUGUUUGAGGGAAUCCAGCUUGUUGAGUCGGUAA